GAGCGCGAUGCCGCUCCCGCCUUGCCCUGCUUGUCACCGGCCCCGCGGCUCCGCGCCGCCGGCGUAGCGCGCCCGCCUCGGGCGAUCGGGCUGGGCAGCGCGGGCGGGGCGGCAUGGGGGCUCCCGCCCCCCGCGGCGCUCGGCAAGGAGCGGAUUACAAAUGAGCGGCACGGCCCCGCGGCCCGGGCCCGCGGGCACCCCGGCAUGUAGAGCCUGACGGAGCGGAGCGGAGGUUGCCCAGUCACUAUGAACAAUGGCCCAGCUCUACUACAAAAAGGUAAACUACUCACCGUACAGAGACCGCAUCCCACUACAGAUCGUGCGAGCGGAGGCAGAGCUCUCGGCGGAGGAGAAGGCCUACCUCAGCGCUGUGGAGAAGGGGGACUAUGCCAGUGUGAAACAUGCCUUGCAAGAGGCAGAGAUCUACUACAACAUCAACAUUAACUGUAUGGAUCCUCUUGGUCGCAGUGCCCUUUUAAUAGCCAUAGAGAAUGAAAAUCUGGAGAUCAUGGAGUUGCUUUUGAGCCACAGUGUGUACGUGGGAGAUGCUCUGCUGUACGCAAUACGGAAAGAGGUGGUGGGAGCUGUGGAGCUGCUGCUGAAUUACAGGAAGCCAAGUGGUGAAAAACAGGUUCCAACCUUGAUGAUGGACACUCAGUUUUCAGAAUUCACUCCAGACAUCACCCCAAUAAUGCUGGCGGCUCACACCAACAACUAUGAAAUCAUCAAACUGCUUGUCCAAAGACGGGUAACAAUUCCACGCCCACACCAGAUCAGAUGCAACUGUGUGGAAUGUGUCUCCAGUUCAGAGGUGGACAGCCUGAGGCAUUCCAGAUCAAGGCUGAACAUCUACAAAGCCUUAGCCAGCCCUUCGUUGAUUGCCUUAUCAAGUGAGGACCCCAUCUUGACAGCUUUCCGACUGGGCUGGGAGCUCAAGGAGCUCAGCAAAGUGGAAAAUGAGUUCAAGGCUGAAUAUGAAGAGCUUUCACAGCAGUGCAAGCGUUUUGCUAAGGACCUUUUGGAUCAAGCGCGGAGUUCCCGAGAAUUGGAGAUCAUUCUCAAUCACAGAGAUGAUCAAAGCGAAGAGCUGGAUCCCCAAAAAUGUCAUGAUUUGGCAAAGCUAAAGGUAGCAAUAAAGUAUCACCAGAAAGAGUUUGUUGCUCAGCCAAACUGCCAGCAGCUACUAGCAACACUCUGGUAUGAUGGCUUUCCAGGAUGGAGGCGGAAACACUGGGCAGUAAAACUCUUGACCUGUGUCACCAUUGGACUGCUAUUUCCUGUGCUAUCCGUGGCAUAUCUGAUUGCACCGAAGAGCAGGCUGGGACUGUUCAUUAAAAAGCCAUUUAUAAAGUUUAUCUGCCACACCGGCUCUUACCUAACCUUCCUCUUCAUGCUCCUGCUGGCGUCGCAGCACAUCGUCAGGACUGACCUUCACAUGCAGGGACCACCUCCCACCAUCGUGGAAUGGAUGAUCCUGCCCUGGGUUCUAGGUUUUAUCUGGGGAGAAAUCAAGGAGAUGUGGGAUGGUGGAUUCAAUGAGUAUGUACAUGACUGGUGGAAUCUGAUGGAUUUUGCAAUGAACUCCCUCUACCUUGCAACUAUCUCCCUUAAAAUUGUUGCCUACGUCAAGUAUAACGGUUCUCGUCCAAGGGAGGAGUGGGAGAUGUGGCACCCGACUCUCAUUGCAGAAGCCCUCUUUGCAAUAUCCAACAUCUUAAGUUCCUUGCGUCUCAUAUCCCUGUUUACAGCAAAUUCACACCUGGGACCCUUGCAGAUUUCUCUGGGACGCAUGCUGCUAGACAUCCUUAAGUUCCUUUUUAUCUACUGCCUGGUGCUUCUGGCUUUUGCCAAUGGACUGAACCAGCUUUAUUUUUACUAUGAGACCAGUGCCUCGGAGGAACCCAACAACUGCAAGGGGAUCCGAUGUGAGAAACAGAACAAUGCCUUCUCCACACUUUUCGAGACCCUCCAGUCGCUCUUCUGGUCUGUGUUUGGUCUGCUCAAUCUCUACGUCACCAACGUGAAAGCCAGACACGAGUUCACAGAGUUUGUUGGGGCCACUAUGUUUGGGACCUACAACGUCAUCUCCCUCGUCGUGCUGCUGAACAUGCUCAUAGCCAUGAUGAACAACUCCUACCAGCUCAUUGCUGACCAUGCGGAUAUCGAGUGGAAGUUUGCCCGGACGAAGCUCUGGAUGAGUUACUUUGAUGAAGGUGCCACUCUGCCCCCUCCUUUUAACAUCAUCCCAAGUCCCAAGUCGGUCUGGUACCUCUGCAAGUGGCUUCACAAUCACCUGUGCCCAGGCAACGACUCUGACAACGAACAGAAGAGGCACGAAAACCUCAAAACAUUCACAGAGCGGCAUGCUGACAACCUGAUCCAGAAUCAACAUUACCAGGAGGUGAUAAGAAACCUUGUGAAAAGAUACGUUGCAGCAAUGAUAAGAACUUCCAAAACCAACGAAGGUUUAACUGAAGAGAACUUCAAGGAGUUAAAACAGGACAUCUCGAGUUUUCGCUAUGAAGUUCUUGACCUCUUAGGAAACAGGAAGCCCCAGAGGAGAAGUUACUCUACCAGCAGCACGGAGGUGUCCCAAAAGGAUGAAACAAAUGAGGAUGGUGCUGGAGAAAAACCUAAAGCCAAGAGCGUGUCUUUCAAUGUAGCCAACAAAAAAAAGGACUUCAAUGUAUCUGCUCUGAUUAAAACUAUGUCCGGGAUUGAUAUGGUGGAAGAGAAGCCAAAAAGCAACGGGAUCAGUAAGCGCUCCUUCGUCCGGAAUGGAAAUAGAGUGCAGAGACUUUCCAGCUCCAAGAAGGAGUCCUUUAAGAGACUGGGCCUGCUUUUCUCCAAGAUGAAUGGACACGUCCCUGAACCAAACUCAGAACCCAUGUACACUAUUUCAGACGGAAUUAUUCAGCCACACUACAUGUGGAAAGACAUUAAAUAUUCUCAGAUUGAUAAAGAGAAAGAAGAGAAUUGUUCCAAAAGUGAAAUUAACCUCAAUGAGGUGGACUACAGUGGGAACACGAGACUUACAGGACAGAGCAAGGAGUGCCCUGUGGUUUGUACCAGCUCCCUUCACUGUGCUUCCAGUAUUUGUUCCUCUAACUCCAAACUUAUAGACUCAUCAGAGGAUGUGUUUGAUUCAUGGGGAGAGGCCUGUGACUUGUUUAUAAACCAGUGGAAAGAUGGGCAGGAGGAUCACGUCACGACUCGGCUAUAAGUAAAGCUAUCUUAGCACUCCCUGGAGAACUUAGCCCCUUAUUUGUAAUGGUUUGCUCUCAUCUGAUUCAGCAUGACCAUUUCCUUUCUGUCCACAGGUGGGAAAGAAGCGUCAGACUCAUGUUAGCCUAUUUUAUAGCCAUCUGCAGGUUUUCCAUUUGCUAUUUUUACACUCACAAAUACCAAACUAAAGGUUUCACCACUGAUAAGGUCACUGUAACCCACAGGAAUUCCUUCAGAUGCAGUCUUGUCUCCAAACCCCACAGACUUCAGACACGCUGGGGGCCGAGGAAAGGAUUCCUCCUGUGCUGUCACCAUCGUCCCACCGCCACUGGGUUCUCACUGCUGCUAUCCAGCCCGUUGGGUCUGCAUCCUGCUUGGUUUUCCUCAUCCACACAACCAGCUGGUGAGCAGUGGCUUAGCAGGAGGCUGAGAAUCGUGUUUAAAAUCUUCUUAGAAAGGGUUUCAAUUUACAACUGGGCUUUUUUGUUUUCUUUAAGCAAUAUGGACCUCCGAGUCUUUCGGUUGUGUGUGGGUUUCAGGUUGUUUGUUAUAUUAAUACUGUAAAUGGUUACUGAAUAAGAGACCCCUUUGAUCAUCCACUAGAA